CGAAGAGCACCCACGAGCAAUCACGAAUCACGGAUGGCCACACGUCUGCAUUGAGAGGCAGCGCGAGCCAAGCACCCUGUGUCAACACCGCAAGCCACGCUUCAAGUUUUCGUCAUUCAGCUCUUUCAGAGCCACGAGAGGCCAGGGUCUGGUCCGCUGAUCGAAGCGCGAUCAUAGCAGCAGCACGAGUGCCAUCCCGCCUUCUUUAGCAGAACAGUCGUCGAUUUCGUGCAGUGUUUCCCGACAUGGCGUCCUGGCUAUCUUUUAGCACACCAACGGACAUCGACGUGCGGCUGGAAGGAGAAGAGUCUCACAAGCAGGUGGAUGUCAGGCUGGACAAGGAUAGGAGGGAGAGGUGUCCCGUGUAUCUGGAUGGCGAACCUGUGAGGGGCACCGUGCACGUGAGGGUAAGGGAUGGCAAGCGGCUCGCUCACGAGGGCAUCAAGAUCGAAUUUAUAGGCAGUAUAGAGCUGUUCUACGAUCGAGGCAAUCACUACGAAUUUCUUGCGCUCACGCAAGAACUGGCCAGUCCAGGCGAAAUUCGCAACGCCCAGUCAUUCGACUUUGACUUUAAGAACGUAGAAAAACAGUAUGAGAGCUACGUCGGCAUCAAUGUCAAGCUGAGAUACUUUCUGCGGGUCAUCGUUUCGCGACGGAUGGCGGAUAUCACCAAAGAAAAGGACAUGUGGGUGCAUUCGUACCGCAUGCCGCCGGACAGCAACAACGCCAUCAAGAUGGAAGUGGGGAUUGAAGAUUGCCUGCACAUCGAGUUUGAGUACAACAAGAGCAAAUAUCAUUUGAAGGAUGUCAUCGUCGGAAAAAUCUACUUCUUGCUCGUCAGAAUCAAGAUCAAGCACAUGGAGCUCAGCAUCAUCAGAAGGGAAACGACGGGUACAGCACCCAACCAGUACAAUGAAUCAGAGACAAUCACAAAGUUCGAGAUCAUGGAUGGAGCUCCCGUGAGGGGCGAGACCAUCCCAAUUCGGCUGUUCCUGGGUGGAUUUGAGCUGACACCGACAUUCAGAGAGGUCAACAAAAAGUUUAGCACGAGGUACUAUCUGAACUUGGUCUUGAUCGAUGAGGAAAACCGACGGUAUUUCAAGCAGCAGGAAAUCACCAUCUUUCGGAUUCCAGAGAAUUGAUCUAUCGGUGCAGCGGAAGUACGAUUCCGACAAGCGCCAGCAUGCUUGCUGUACACUAUAUCCAGCCACCUUUUGAAUCAUGAAAUUUGGUGCAUUCAGC